GCUGGAAUUGCCAUAAUGGCUCUUCGUGGUCACUACUUGGCAGCCGCUGGGAUGUUCUUGGGAGUCCUUCUGGGGUCAUGCGGGGCCCAACACGCGCCAGGUACUCUGGAAAUGGAGAUGAAUGGGAAGGCUCAGAUGGCAUCCCUCAACACAAAUGUCACCAUCCCCUGUAUCUUGUAUGAAAGUGGUUCUGUAACCCUGAACAUCAGUCUCAUUGGAGUCAGGUGGUUCCUGAGAAGGGCAGACUCUGACAAGGAAGACAAAGUCUUUGAAUACAAUGGAGGAAAACAGACUCAGUUCAGACCAGGAGCCAGCAUCUCACUGUCAAGGCUGAAGAAGGGAAAUGCCUCUCUCUUCCUGCCUUUUAUCCAGCUUCAGGAAGGAGGAGAGUACAGAUGUGAAAUAAUCAUCCCUCCUACCAAAGAGGAGAGAACAUCCAGAGUGGACGUGGUUGCUCAGCCUCAAAUCGCCAACAAGAAAGUGAUUUCAAGCACUCAGUCUCCGGAUGUGGAGAAUACUGAGAAUACUGAGGAAACCUCCAAGAUUCCCUCUAGGAGCAAUGAUGGUACGUUCAGUGCCACAGACAGUAGAACCAGCUCCCAGUCUACGGUUACCCCAAAAACACAAUCGAUCUCAUUGCAGAGUGGUACUCUCCCAAUUGUAACAGGACAUGGGAAGGAUUACUUUAUCUACACGGUGAUUUUCGUGAUCCUGCUUUUAUUUCGCUUGUUUGAAGUCAUGUAGUGUCUAUGCUUCAGGAAUGGACACCGACAAUAUCUGAGUCAGUGUGACUCAUGACAAAGUCAAGGAGCCAGCCAUUUUGAGGUUUUAAUACUGAAACUUAUUUCCAAGGAUCUGGAAAUGCAAGAAUACAACGGUCAAAAUGACGAUGAACUUCGUAAGCCAAAUGAUGAAGUGGACAGUUUCAGAGGAAAUAGGGAAGACGUUUAUGAACCAACGUAGAGUGAAGUGAACAGGAUAUAAUAAUGCAGCAUCAUGGGGAGAAGCAAACUUUGGAAGACUUUAGAAUCCUGAUCAACACAAUUAUAAAUUUGGAGUACCAACAAGUGAAGAUAAAACACUCCCCUCCUGCCAGAAAAGUGAUAUGCUUAAGAGGCAUAUCCUAUUCAACUCUUACUUCACUUCCAUUCUCUACCAGUAAAAUGAUCUUUUGACAGAGAAGGAAAGAACCUAAAUAACAAAUAAUGAAUUAAAAUCUAAAAUAAAUAAGGAGAUAAUAAGAAAGCACUCAGUUGUCCUCGAUGAGGUCAGGUCACUAGGUAUAGAUGAUUGACAUCCAAGGGGACUGAAAGAUCUGGCGGAUGUAAGCACUAAGACACUGUCAUGGAUCAAUAAAAGAUCACAGAGCACAGGAGAGGUGCCGCAGGACUGGAGAAGGGCAAAUGUUUCUGUUUUUCAAAAAAGGGAAGAGAACAGAGCCUGCAAACUAUAGGCUGGUAAGCUCAAUUGCUAGCAAAAUUAUAGGACAUAUUAAUCAAAAGACUAUGGAGAGAUAACUGGCCUUAGAGUUAGAAGGAUCUCAGUUUAAAUCUUGCCCCAACAUCUAAGCAGGAGCAGACAGGAGUGAGUGACAGAGCGAUUAGGCCUAUCAGAGAUCUCAGGAGCCAGUUGAGAAGGUGCAAGGUUCUAGAUUCUCACCAUAUAUUUCCUUCUUUAAUUAAGACAGCCACAAGGUUUGAGAUAAGAGUGAUUUCCACUGAGCCGUAUGCCAACAAACUUUUGAGGUUUCCAUCCUGAAUGUUAUUGCCAAUGACCUGGAAUCAAAAUAAUACAUGGGACGGCAUAAGUUAUGGGAGUGUUACUUAAGCAAUGGCUUCCAUCUUGGCCAAGAGGGCUGAGAUCUCCAGUUCUGGGAAAAUCAUCCUCAGGUCACAGGCUAGUGACCAUGAAGAGGACAUCUGUUGCCUGGUCCCCUUCCAGAGGACAAUUUCACAAGGAAGAUGUUCUAGUUGGAUAUCCAAGGGAGUCCAAUCUGCCGAGGUUGGAAAUCAGAUUGCUAAGGGUUGAGGAGUGAGUGAAAGGAGAGAAAAUGGAGACAGCUUUUCUUAGGCAUUUGGCUGUGAAAGAGAGAAGAGAAAUAAAACAAUACCUCAAGGGAA